CGUCCACAAACGGCAACGUGAACAUGGGGCAGUCCGAAGAAACGGCAAAGAAGUCUUCAAAAAAAGACAUAAACUCCAAAGUAGAACUUGUUAUAAAGAACAGAAAACACGCUAAUGAUGUGUUUGACAUACUAGAGUAUUUGCAGGCGGACAAAGAGAAGGAUGUUAUCUGCGCGGUCAAUGCCUGCAACAAGCUGUGCUGCACGUUGCUGGAGAGGGGCGAUCUGUUCGUGGGUCGGUUGCCCAAUGAAGAGGAUUUGCUUACCGGAAAUCGCAGUGCAGAGGAGAAGUACAGCAUGUUCAUGCGGCACCGAUACAACAGCUGCAGGGACCUGUUACUGGAUCUGAUUGGCCACGAGUCCUACCAGGUCAAGGAGAGCGUUCUCUGCACACUCAUGAAGUUUGUGUCUGUGGAGGGGAAGUUCCCCCUUCUGGCUGUAGACUGGGAGGAGCACUACAACUUCCCCAGGGAGCUGCUCAAGGCGGUGGUGGACCGGCUGCUGUUGGAGAAGGAGGACAUGUCCUUGCUCAUCUCCAGGUUCCAGGAGUUCCUGGAGAUGGAGGACGUGCGCUACUACGUCAUGAGCUCCGUCUGCGACAGCGUGGGCCGGGUGAUGGAGAGAGCCAGAGGGGCUGUGCAGCCCAUCUACCAGAACAAUGUGCUCACACUGAUCUCCAACAUCAGCAUGCCCAGUCAGGAAAGUGAACUCACCAACUUCCUGGUGAAGCAGGCAGCUAAACAUGAGGACUGGAAAGCAGCAAAACUAAAAGAACACAAGCGUGUGUUUGAGCGAAUGUGGCUUUGCUUUCUGAAGUACAAGUUGCCCAGCAACAUGUACAAGAAGGUUCUGGUGAUCUUGCAUGAGUCCAUCUUGCCGCACAUGAGCAAGCCGACCCUGAUGAUAGACUUCCUGACAGCGGCAUACGAUGUUGGGGGCGCAAUUAGCUUGCUGGCGCUGAAUGGAUUGUUUGUGCUAAUCCACGAGCACAACCUUGACUACCCUGACUUCUAUAAGAAGCUGUACAAUCUGCUGGAGCCGUCUGUCUUCCAUGUCAAGUACAGAGCGCGCUUCUUCCACCUGGCCAACCUGUUCCUCUCCUCCAGCCACCUGCCGGUGUACCUGGUGGCAGCGUUUGCCAAGCGCCUGUCCCGGCUGGCGCUGACAGCUCCCCCUGCUGCCCUGCUCAUGCUGCUGCCUUUCAUCUGUAACCUGAUCCGCCGACACCCGGCCUGCCGAGUCCUCAUCCACCGCCCCAGUGCAUCUGACGAGCCCUGUGAUGACCCGUACCUGAUGGAGGAGGAUGACCCCGCCCACUGCCACGCCCUGGAGAGCAGCCUGUGGGAGCUGCAGACCCUGCAGAAGCACUUCCACCCGGAUGUGGCCAAGGCUGCCAUGGCGAUCAACAACCCCCUGUCAGAGCAGGAGGAUGACGUCAGCGAGCUGCUGGAGCUGUCCACCUAUGAGCUGUUUGAACGCGGCUUGCAGCACAGUGAGAAGCAGGCGGUGCCGCUGGAGUUUGAAGUUGCCACACAGUUACUGCAGGGCUCAGCUGGGGUCCUGGGUGCAUACUUUUCCCUGGAGUAAAACACACCAUGCUGGAAUCGUCCCGUUUCCUCCACACUGGUCCCCUAAUCUCCCACCCCAUCCCACAAUAAGCCUCACUGCAGACGGCUUUCUGUUAAUCAUUAUAUCCAUGUGACUUUCAGCAAACAGACUUUUUCAUCACAGCAUGUCAGCUGUCAGACUUUUGUAUAAAACGGUGAAGAAAUAAACACACUUUCUCCACAGUGAAUGCCUGGUGUGCAUUUCAGAUUGAAUGACUGUGCGUAUUUUGAUG